UAAUCACUUUAAUAGGCCGUACACUUAGGACGGGGACGGCAUCGUCCAAGGCGCACGCAGGUCAUCAAACUAAAAUCACGAUGACACUAAUCCCAUCUCUGCUCCUCCUCCUGGCGAUACUUCGGCCGUGCUUUUCGGUCGUCGAGAAUCAAGACUACUGGCAUGCGAAAUCUAUGGAAGAACUUGAAACCAGUUUAAACAUUAAGCGGAAUGAAAAACAAGCCAAAAAUGUUGUUUUGUUUAUUGGAGAUGGUAUGGGUCCUAAUACCAUAGUGGCAUCUCGUAUUUACCAUGGUGGUGAAUCUAGCCAUUUUACUUUUGAGAAAUUUCCUCAUGUUGGAUUGCUUAAGACGUAUAAUAUUAACAAACAAGUCACAGAUUCAGCUUCCUCAGCCACAGCUAUAUUCACCGGUGUUAAAACCAACCAAGAAACUGUCGGUGUCGACAGUACGGUCUCAUUAAACGACUGCAAAGCCAGUUUGAAGCAGAAUGCAAGACUGCAAUCAAUUUCGGUUUGGGCCUUAGAGGCAGGCAAGGCGGCGGGCUUUGUCACCAACACGAGAGUCACUCACGCCACCCCAAGUUCCCUUUAUGCACAUUCAGCAAGCCGUAAAUGGGAAUGUGAAGAUUACAAGCCAGUGCCGUUACCGCCUGAAUGCAAAGAUAUUGCAAGACAGCUUGUCGAAGAUUUCCCAGGAAACAAAUUAAACGUCAUAAUGGGCGGUGGGUAUGCUGUGUUGGACCAACAACCAGCAUCGGAAUUAAAUAGUAAUAUGUGGGAAUGUAAUCGAAAAGAUGGCAGGCUUCUAACACAGAAAUGGAUCAAUGACAAAAAAAGUCAAGGCUUGAAACAUGCUUUUGUCAGGAACAACGAGGAGCUCCGCUCACUUGAUCUUAAAGUCGUCAAUUACCUCAUGGGGAUAUUUGCAAAGCAACACAUGGUACCUGAAUAUAUAAGGGAUGAUGGUCCAAAGGGGAUGCCUUCACUACGUGAAAUGACAACAUCCGCAAUCAAGGUGUUAAACAAUAACAAAAAUGGAUUUGUGCUGAUGGUUGAAGGAGGUCUUAUUGAUUUGGCUCACCACAAUGGUACAGCCAGAGUAGCCUUGGAUGAGACUGUCGCCCUCAAUGAUGCCGUUAACGGCACACUGGCUUUGCUCAAAGAGCUCAAUAGUUUGGACGACACACUUGUUAUAGUGACAAGCGAUCACACCCACUCGUUGGCGAUUAAUGGAUAUCCGGCAAGAGGGAAUAGUAUCUUAGGCAUAGCAGAUAGCUCAAAAGUUGACGGUGUACCUUACACAACAUUAAGUUACACUGUAGUCGGAAAUAAAAGUUACCACUAUAGCGUAAAAGAUGGUAAAGUGGUUAGAGAAAAUCCGUUAUAUGUAAACACCACUUCUUUCUCUUACCAUCAACAGGGUUCUAUACUCAGUGAUGAAAACAAGCACGGUGGAGGAGACGUCAAUGUAUACGCCACAGGUCCAAUGGCUCAUUUGUUUCAUUCCGUCCAUGAACAAACCUAUGUGGCAAGAGUAAUUGCAUAUGCUGCAAAAAUCGGACCGCACUACUCAUCUUCGUCUGCAACAUUGCCAUCACUUGUGACUGUUUUGAUUGGCAUUGUAAUAAUAAAUUCAUUAACUAUUACUUAAUUUGUGUAUAGUUGUCCAUUGUGCCUGAUAUUAAUUUUAUUCGUUUAAUAUUUAUUGAAUUUUAAUGUAAAAACGAGUGAUUUUUACUUUCAAUUUGAUAACCAUUCAUUGACUUCAUGUUAAUAUUAAAAAGAAAAAAAUGAAAUUGUCUUGAAUAAAUCUUUACAAUGCAUUCACACAACUUACCACUGUAUCAUAAUAAAUUACAUAAAAUUUGGUUUUAAUAAAGAAACAGGUUUUCAGAA